UUAACAAUAAACCACCAAACUUUGAAAUGUUAGUCGUUUAUUAGUUAUGAAGCAAAAAAACGCGUUCGCCGUUCUGUCACGUUCAUGGCGCGUUGGCGAGAUGGCUCGUUUCGUUCUAUCGUGCUCAUUGUUUGGUGCUCGCCUAAAUUAGCAUCAGAAAGUUAGCUCGACUACAGUUGGCAAUGAGAUGCCCAGACACUGUUCUGCCGGCGGCUGCAAAUCGCGUGACAACCGUGAGACUCGUAAUGCCGGCAUCACAUUCCACAAGUUGCCCAAAGAAGCCUCUCGUCGAAACCUCUGGAUCAGCAACUCUCGCCGCGCCGACUCCUGGGACCCUCGGACCAACUUUGUCUACUUUUGCUCCAAGCACUUCACGCCAGCGAGCUUCGAGAUGGCCAGUUGCAGUGGCAUCAGGAGACUGAGGGAAGAUGCCUUUCCCACAGUGUUUGGUUCCUCAUCUGUGAGCAGUUCCAAGUGGCCGGGGAAGGUCCCGAAACGAGAAGACAGAAACGGACACGUUUCAAGCAAGCACUGCACUGCAAAGUGUCAAACUCCGGACGGAUCACCGGUUGAGUCGUCGCUUGAAGCCGAGGAGACCGGCGAGGAGCAACCCGCACCUUGUCUGGAGACGGCAGAAGCCAGGGGCCGCCUUUCGCCCGGAAAGAGGACCUCUUCGCCUCUGCCCACGUCGCCACCUCGCUCCGUUUCGCCAUCGCGCUACAUGCGGCGCCUGCCCCCGCGCCCGGGUUUCUACCUGCCCAAGGAGCACAGCUACGCCCAGCUCUGCCCCCUGCUGUGGCGGAGGCGCUAUGACAAGGCCGUGGACUACUUGGAGAAGACCCUGCGGCAGCUGCACGCCGCCCGGCGCCGGGAGAAUCGGCUGCGGGGCUCCCUGCUGAGGCUGCGCGACAGACAGCAGAAGACGCAACGGAGCAGAGAUGACGGCGCGAGCGGGGCCUGCUGCCGUCCUCCAGGAAGCGACGCAGAGAAGUACUGCCGCUACUGCGGGAGAGGCGACGCCAAGUUGGAAACGGACAACGAUCCAUUGCUCCAUCAGGACUCGGUGACAACUACCGAGAAAGACUUCACCCGACAACUUGACUCAAAGGGGCCGAAUUCUCAAAGUUUCCCGCUCGCAUUCCAAGCCGCCCAACGUUUGCCCGACUGCCUUUGUGAGUUUGAAGCCGAGUCUCAUAGUCGGGACCCCCCGCAGUCGUCGAGGUGGGCGCAAGGUGACGCCGAGACGCAGUUUAUUCUGGUCCCCGUCGGCUGCGAAAACCCGCUCCGGAACUCUCUGACCACGGAGGACCUCGUCAGCCGGACCGUCCGGGUGCCCGCGCCGGACUCCGGGAGCGCAGGCGGUUCAACUGGAAGAGGAGGCCAGCGGCGUCCGAGCCUCGACGCCCCGCUGGAAGAAGCGAGUGACGACGUGAGGGAGAAACUGAAAGAACACCUGGAGGGCUUCCACCUGCAGCUGAGCAACGAAUUUGCCGACUGACAAACUGACAAGUGAUUGUGUUCAACAGACGAGCGUAAAUGUGUUCGGGACGGUAUUAAAAAAUAAAAAAAUUCAAACCAGAAUGACACAAAAUAGAAAAAUAAAUGUGGAGAACAGCGGA